AUCUAAUCCAAUGCAGCUCACUUUGUCAAGUCAUUUCGUUUCCUUAACACAGGCUUGUAUUUUUACACAGCUUCUUUUAUGAAUUAGCUAUUAGAAAUGGCUCCAAAAGAAUCAGACUGGAUUCAAGGAGCCGAAGAACGCGCCGCGCAAAAAAAAACUCAUGUCAGUUUCCCUCAACUGAAGUACCCGUCUUUAAGAGAUGAAGGUUUUAGAGACCCUUUACAAUGGCUUACUGGCAAAGCUAUGGACGACGGCGCAGAAGGACUUUGGAGGGUGCAUGAUAAAUUAUACGAUUUUACGGAUUUUGUAAAGAAACAUCCCGGUGGUGAAGAAUGGCUAGAAUUAACUAAGGGCACGGAUAUAACGGAGGCCUUUGAAGCGCACCACAUAAAUCCUUCAACAGAGAAAAUGCUGAACAAAUAUUAUGUGAGGGAUGCAAAAACACCACGAAACUCUCCAUUUACAUUCCACGAAAACGGAUUUUAUAGAACACUUAAGCGGGUGGUCUAUGACGAAUUGAAGAAAAUACCAAAGGAUGCCUCUGCAACUGCAGAUAGAAUAACCGAUGGAAUAUUUGCGACGCUUCUGUGCAGCUCUGGUUUGGCUUGUCGAUGCGAAAACUAUUGGCUAGCGACAUUCUGGUACAUUAUUGCAUCAUUGAGUCUUGCUACGUUGACGGUGACGUGCCAUAACUUCAUACAUCGUAGAACCAAUUGGAGGAUGUAUCUUUUUAACAUGAGCAUGUGGUCUUAUAGGGAUUUUAGGGUAUCUCAUGUUCUUUCUCAUCAUCUUCAUACAAAUACGCUCAACGACUUGGAAUUAAGUUCACUUGAACCCUAUUUGUUCUUUACUCCAAGAAAAGACAAACCUCUGCACGCAAGACUUGGCUUUCUAACUGAAUGGCUUUUCUUCCCUUUCAUAUUUUUAUUGAGCUUCAGUAAAAGAUUUCUGAGCAUAUUCCUUCGUGAAGGGUUUUUCAAAGCACAUUACCGUUGGCACGACGCCAUUGGCUUCCUAUUACCCCUUUGUAUGUGGUUCACAAGUGGCAGCUCUCUUCCACAUGUGCUCUACACAUGGCUUUGGAUCAACUGUACCGGCAGUUUGGUGUUUUACACCAUAGGAGUUAAUGCUGCCCACCAUCAUCCAGAUGCCAUUAAAGAUGGUGACGAGCCCCGGAGCUUGACUCCAGAUUGGGGUGAACAUCAGGUAGAAGCUCUUUUAGAUCGAAAGGACAUAAAUAGCAAUACAUUCGCUGUGAUGACACUAUUCGGAGAACACGCCCUGCACCACAUGUUUCCCACUCUUGAUCAUUCGAUAUUAAAAUACCUACAUCCAGUUUUCAUGGAAUUGUGUGAAAAGUAUCAAGCUAACUAUAGAGUAUCAACACAAUUUCAACUAGUCCUUGGCCAGAUACAAGAAACUAUGCGGACCGAUUUUAGAACACAACCAAGUAAAUGAAUAAAAGGCUUCAUAUUAAACUCUAUAUAAUUCUUUACCUUGAUCAUAACCUCAAAAACAGUAAGACACGCACAUAACUAUGGAUAACCUGGUCCUUUUUUGGAAGAGGAGCCUGGUCCUAUUUUGCCCGUGACUAAUGCAUUUCAUAGAAUAAACUGAUGUAUUUUCUUUUUGCGACAAAUAAAUGGAAGAGCGGUGUCUCUGACACAGAGGUAGUUCUCCUACCUCUAAAAGAAGGCUACAAGCUACAGCCUCUUACAGAUGCCGAAAAUAAACAAAUUUUGAAAUUGAAUUACUAGUCAAUGUUGAACUUCAUAAAAAUAUGGAAAUAGCGGAAUAAUAAAGUGGUUUAAAUCAUCACCAUCAUCAUGAUCAACCCAUCUACUGAGCACGGGUCUGCUCUCAGAAUGAAAAGGUUUGAAUACCUUAAAAAAUAAGCCUGAGUAUAGUAAAGCAUUGCCUUUGACGCUGACUAAUGAAAGUACCGUGUAACAUCCAUGCCCUAUUUUUAUGGGCUAAACUAAAACGAGGAUAGACAUCGUUUCUAGCCUAGGGACCCAUAAAACUAAGUGCUUGCAAAGCCGUUGAACUUCGUAACAUUAAAUGCCCAAAAAGAAAAGGGAUUUCAUUCACAUUUUCACGUCCCUGGCGAAACUGGGAAUGGUUCAAACAAGAUGUUCCGUGUACGAUAUGGUAAGCUACAGUUUCUCCAGAGUUUCAGAUUCAAACUUUUUUUCAUAUUGUAGAAGCUCUGAAAAUCCAAAAAUACUCAUACCAACAUUGAAACGUGCCUCCUAUUUACAUUAAAAGAAAAAAAGUUACUUUAGAUAGUUAGAUUUCACUUGAUUAAAAUAACUUACUAUAAAAAGGG